AUGGACCAGAAAAACCUCACCCAAGUCUCUGAGUUCCUCCUUUUGGGGCUUUCAGAAGACCCCAAGGAGCAGCAGCUACUCUUCAUCCUUUUCCUGAGCAUGUACCUGGUCACAGGGCUGGGGAACUUGCUCAUCAUCCUGGCUAUCAUCACCGACGCCCGGCUCCACAGUCCCAUGUACUUCUUCCUGGCCAACCUGGCCUUCGUGGACAUUUGCUUCACCACCACCACUGUCCCAAAGAUGCUGGUAAACCAUGCCACAGGGCACAGGGAGAUCUCCUAUGCUGGGUGCCUGACUCAAACCUUCUUCUUCAUCUUCUUUGCUAGUCUUGACAGCAUCCUGCUGGCCACCAUGGCCUAUGACCGCUAUGAGGCCAUCUGCCACCCCCUGCACUAUACCACGUCCAUGACUCCACAGCUCUGCAGCAUUCUGGUGGGGGCGUCCUGGACAGCAGCUUUUGGGAAUGCCCUGACCCACACGGUUUCACUAACCUAUCUCUCCUUCUGCACCCACAAUAAGGUCCCUCAUUUCUUCUGUGACCUCAAUGCACUGCUCAAACUGGCCUGUUCUGAUGCCUUCCUCAAUUAUACCCUGCUGAAUACUGUAGGUGUCAUUCCUCUAUUUUUCCCUUUUAUGGGAAUCUUGGUCUCCUACAUGCUCAUCUUCAUAGCUGUGCUGAGGAUCCCAUCACGGACAGGCAAGCAGAAGGCUUUCUCCACCUGUGGCUCCCACCUCUCCGUGGUGACCCUUUUCUAUGGGACACCCAUCGGGGUGUAUUUCAGCCCCACAUCCUCACACACUCCCCAUACGGACACAGUGGCCACAGUAAUGUACACAGUGGUGACCCCCAUGAUGAACCCCUUCAUCUACAGUAUUCGGAACAAGGACAUGAAGGCAGCCCUCAGAGCCCUGCUCAACUGGAAACCAGCUUUUACUCGUUGA